UUGUCGUCAUUUCCGGUAGUUUUCAACAUGGAGUCGUGCGGAGUGAAACUGAAUUUCUGGGAGAAUGGACCGAAGCCGGGAGAGUUCUACUCUUUCUCUGGUGGCAGCGGUAGCAGCGCCGGACCGGCCACCGCCUCCGGACCGGUCAGACAUACUCUUAACCCAAUGGUAACUGGCACAUCUGUUCUUGGUGUGAAGUUCACUGGUGGUGUCAUCAUUGCAGCAGACAUGUUGGGUUCAUACGGUUCUCUGGCUAGAUUCAGGAACAUCUCUCGCCUUAUGAAGGUGAACAACAACACCAUCCUGGGAGCUUCAGGAGACUAUGCUGACUAUCAGUACCUGAAACAGAUCAUUGAUCAGAUGGUGAUCGAUGAAGAGUUGCUUGGUGAUGGUCACAGCUACAGCCCGAAGGCAGUCCACUCGUGGCUCACCAGAGUGAUGUACAACCGCCGCAGCAGGAUGAACCCACUGUGGAACACCGUGGUGAUCGGAGGCUUCUACAAUGGAGAAAGUUUCCUAGGUUAUGUGGACAAACUGGGUGUGGCCUAUGAGGCUCCGACGGUGGCCACCGGCUUUGGAGCAUACCUGGCUCAGCCAUUGAUGAGGGAGGUGGUGGAGAACAAAGUGGAGAUCACCAAACAGGAGGCUCGGGACCUGGUGGAGCGCUGCCUCAAAGUGCUGUACUACAGAGACGCCCGCUCAUACAACAGGCAUGAGAUCGCCAUAGUAACAGAAGAGGGUGUGGAGAUUAUUGGUCCUCUGUCUUCUGAAACCAACUGGGACAUUGCUCACAUGGUCAGUGGGUUUGAAUAAAGAUGAACUGCAAUGGGCGCCAUUUCUCUGCUUCAAGAAAUUCAACGCCUUUCAUCCACCUUUUGCAUCCCAACGUAGUUUCUUUUCUGAUGUUCAGUGUCACUUUUGUAUAAUGGAAUAUAAUAAAUCUGUCAAAUAUAAAUG